GGCAGCCCCUGGGAAGGCGAUGGCGCGGAACAUGUACGGUCCCGGGGUGCGGAUGGGCAACUGGAACGAGGACAUCUACCUGGAGGAGGAGAUCAUGAAAGACUUCUUAGAGAAGAGGGAGAAGGGACAGCUGUUCAUACAGAGGAACAGAAGACUAAAGAGCCAUCUUCUGCGGCCGAUGCAGCUCUCGGUGACGGAGGACAGCUACGUGCAUUUCGGGGACAGCGUGAUGCUGGUGAACCCCGACCACCCCGAGGUCCAGGCCGACCAGUUUCUCACCGGAGACCUCAGCCUGUGCCUGACUCCGGACGAGAUCGCAGCCCACUUGAGUGACCGGUUCGAGCUGCCCUGCGGCCUGAGCGCAUCGCCCACCAGGUCCCCCGUUGGCAGGAACACCUUCACCGUGUUGAGGGCGGACAGAGAGGCCACCGGCCAGGUCCUGCGGUUCGGGCAGAGCUUCCGCCUGGGCAUCACCCUGGGGUGCGAAGACCAGAUGGUGUACUUGUCCAGCGACCUCAGGACGCUCCUGCGGUCGGCCAAGAAGUCCUGGCUCCAGGAGGUGUUCCUGACCGACGAGGACUCCUUCCUGAACUGCUGGCAGGCCGCACACCCCGACCCCGAGCUGCGCCUGGAGUGGGAGGGCCUCCCCGUCCCGGCAAACACCAGAGUCCUCAUCAAUCACUGCCACACCAACCGGGGGCUGGCGGCCCACCGCUAUCUCUUCCUAAGGACCUACUUCGGGAAGGAGGCGGAGGUGGCCGCGCACACCCACCUGGACUCCCACCGGGUGGAGAGGCCGCGCAACCACUGGAUGCUGGUGACCGGCAGCCCCAGGAAGGAGGCGUCCAGCAUGCUGGAGGUGCCCAAGCCGCCCGUGGAGCGCGCGCCCGCCCUGGAGCCGGAGCCGGCGGCCGCCCCUGGGGCCCAGUGACCGCAGGCGCGCUCCCCCGGGGGAAGGGGUGGUGGGGGGCUGUCCCAGGGUCCCAGCCCUCUGAGCGGCUGUUGGAAGAAGGCGGUACCCAUGACUGAGUUAGGGGUGCGGGGUCUGGAACACAGUCAGUCCUGGGAAUAGCUCAGCCAGGAAAGGGGCACGCGGGUCCCUUUGUCGGUGACCAAACGCGGCAGAA